AGAAGAUGACAGAGGGACUGUCUCAUCUGCGUCAUCUGGACAUAAGUCGUAAUAAACUAAGAGGGGAAGUACAUUUUUCAAGACUAAAGAAUCUGACUUAUUUAGAUGUCAGCCACAAUGAUAUAGAAUCCCUACAAAUGACACCAUUAAGCAGUCUCGAGAACCUCAAUUGUUCCUACAACAAGCUUCGGUGCAUUACGUUGAACAGUAUAAAACUGCGAAGCGUUCUUUGUCACCAUAAUGAACUUCUUCAGGUGCAAUUUCCAGGGUCCUUAGAACAACUAGAAGAGUUCGGAGCUUCUCAUUUCUUCAAGAAAAAACGACCACUGCUCUCUCUCGUGAAACUGGGAAACAACCAAAUACACAAACUUCCCGAGCUGAACAAGGAAGUCCCACUAAGAAAGCUGCUGUUGGAGAAUAACCUACUAGCCGAACUUCCCGAGGCCUUUUUUGAUUAUCUCCCCAGGCUGGACGAACUGAAUGUUACACACAACCAAUUAACUGAUCUCCCUCUACCGACAUCCAAACAAAACCUAUCACUACGUAAACUCUUUCUCUCCGCCAAUAGGCUUCGAGAAAAUGUCUUCGAGCUUUUGAGAGUUUGUCCGAGACUUCAGGUCCUGCACGUGGGCUAUAACCUUCUAACUAAACUUCCUGAUCAUAUCUUUAAAGCGACGCCAGAUCUCCAACAGAUGUCACUAGCGGGGAACAGACUCCAAAGCAUAGAGAAACUAUCUAACGUACCGAAACUUCAGUUUCUGUAUUUACACUCUAACAAGCUGACAACAGUUCCAAAUUUUUCGUCUCAUGCUUCCCUUAGGGUUCUUGACAUAUCGUGUACAAAACUAAAUAAGGUCAAUUUGGCUUUUCUUGUGACCCCUGACCUUCGCCAUUUGGAUAUAUCUUUAACAAGAAUCUUCAAGUGGAAUCAAAUGACUUUCAGCAGCUUUGUACAAAACGAAAUGUAGCUGUAGUGGAUGUCAGUUGCUCGGGUCGUACAGCGCCACCAUGCGACAAGGACAUGCACCAACUUUCUUGUGAAGACAGUCCAUUCGAAAUCGCUUUAACAGAAAGCUAUGGUAGUCAUGACAGGUUAAUUAUUGCUCCAAUGGACUCAUUAAGCCUAAAACACGGUCUACUAAUAGCUGCCGUUGAAAGUGAAGAAUACGUCGAUGACAUGAACCUUGCACGGAAGACAUUACUGCGGUUUCUUAAAGAGGAAAAUCAUGAAAAAUCUGACGUUCUUCUAAAGAAAGUAUUUAUGAGAUUUUUAAAACAUGCGCAGUCUAACGGUUCUGCCUUCAACACCAGAAUUACAUUGUGUAUGUUGACUCCUAAGUUCAACAUCAAAGAAACUGUAUAUUCUCUCCACGUAACAACAACAGGUGGCGCUACCUGCGUUCUUGGAAGAAAAAAUGAUGUUGCUGUUCUUUCCCAGCAUCAGCCGCCAAGCAAGGAUUUGGGUAUGGAGUGGUAUUCUGCGA